AUGUCGAGAGUUGGGCCAGAGACCUCUAAGAGGCUCCAAAGAGAUCCUUCAUGUAUCCGAAAUAUUUGCAUUUUAGCGCACGUUGACCACGGUAAGACCUCGCUUUCAGAUUCCUUGCUAGCAUCCAAUGGUAUCAUAUCUCAGAAACUAGCCGGGAAAGUGAGAUUCUUAGAUUCAAGACCGGACGAACAACUGAGAGGUAUCACUAUGGAAUCUAGUGCCAUCUCUCUGUACUUCAGGGUCUUGCACAAACAAGAAGGCAAGGACGAACCGCUUGUCAACGAGCACCUUAUCAAUCUAAUUGAUUCUCCGGGACAUAUCGACUUUUCCAGCGAGGUCAGUACAGCGUCUAGACUUUGCGAUGGAGCGGUAGUACUGGUGGACGUUGUUGAAGGGGUAUGCUCGCAAACAAUCACCGUACUAAGGCAAUGUUGGGUGGAAAAACUGAAGCCGAUUCUGGUGCUUAAUAAAAUGGAUCGGUUAAUUACAGAGCUUCAAUUGAGUUCACAAGAGGCAUAUUUACAUUUGAACAAAAUCAUAGAACAGGUAAAUUCCAUCAUCGGUUCUUUCUUCAACGGACAGCGUUUGCUUGACGACUUAUCCUGGAGGGAGCAAUUAGAGGAGAACACCGCUGCAGAAUUUAUCGAAAAAGACGACUCUGACAUCUAUUUCAAACCAGAAAAUAAUAAUGUUGUUUUUGCAUCUGCCAUAGAUGGUUGGGGAUUCAACAUAGGCCAGUUGGCCAAAUUUUACGAGCAAAAGCUAGGCGCUAAGAGAGAGAAUUUGCAGAAAGUGCUCUGGGGUGACUUCUACAUGGAUCCUAAGACUAAAAAAUUUAUCAACAACAAAGGCUUAAAAGGGAGAACUCUAAAACCUUUGUUUGUCAGUCUAAUCCUUGACAACAUUUGGAAGAUUUACAACAAUGUACUAAUAGAGAGAAAUGCCGAGGUGUUGGAAAAAAUAACUAAAACUUUGAACAUUAAGGUCCCUCCUCGAGAUCUACGGUCUAAAGACCUGAAAAACUUGCUGCGAACUAUCAUGGGUCAGUGGUUGCCUGUCAGUGUUGCUAUAUUAUUCACGGUUAUCGAGAAAUUGCCCUCGCCCUUAGGAUCUCAGGGCGAGAAAAUGGAGAGAAUCAUUGGUACCGCACCAGGGCAUGAGCUAGUCGAUCCAAACCUAUAUGCUGCCAUGGAAACUUGUGACAAAGAUGGACCCGUUUGUGCUUAUGUGUCAAAAAUGCUUUCUAUACCAAGGGAAGAACUUCCUUUAACUGACGGGACUCCAAUCUCACCAGAUGAAUUAAUGCAAAGAAGCCGAGCUGCUCGCGAUCAAGCUUUGAAGGCAGCCAAGGCUGCAGAGCUAGUGGAGAGCAUGUCUCGAGCACAAAAAGCUGCCAAAGAGGAAUCUGAUUUCUAUCCAAGGGCGCAAGAAAGUGCUGCGACUCCAGAUGUUGAUACAGAAAAUAAAGCGGCAUUGGCAAAGUCUUUUAAACCUUCCAUGAAUGACGAGUUCGAAAUCGUCACUGAGCCUGCCAAAGCAUUUGAUUUGUCUUUGGGCCUAGGUGAAGACGAAGAGUUCGAAGUUGAUAAUGCUGAGCAUAGUGGGUACGAAUUCGACGUUACGUCAGCCGGCCUCGAUCCCAACGACCCUUUGAACGCGAUAUUUGAGUAUGAGGAAGAAGAUCCCUUCGCAGCAAGUGAGAUGAAUGCUCUCGAAGAAGAGGCUGAAGAAACUGAAGAAGAGUUUGAAGAAAGUGACGAAGUUAUGAUUGGCAUUGCCAGACUUUAUAGCGGCACUUUGAAGGUAGGGCAGAAAAUCUCAGUGCUAGGCCCAAAAUAUAACCCACACAAUCCAACUGAAUUUAUCGAAGAAGUCGAAGUGACUGACCUGUUCAUUUUCAUGGGAAGAGAACUAGUUCCUUUGAAAGAAUGUCCGCCAGGAAAUAUUGUCGGCAUCGGCGGUCUGGCCGGGAAAAUUCUGAAGAAUGGUACAAUAGUUGAUCCCAGCGUACAAGGCGCAAACUUGGUUGGUGUCAAUCUUCAUGUUACUCCUAUCUUGCGUGUCGCUCUUGAGCCAACGAAUCCAAUGCAAAUGGGCAAAUUAGCACGCGGACUGAGGUUACUAAAUCAAGCAGAUCCUUGUGUUCAAACGUACGUGGAGGAUACUGGUGAGCAUAUUCUUUGUACCGCUGGAGAGCUUCAUUUGGAACGAUGUUUGAAAGAUCUCUCUGAGAGGUUUGCAGGCAUAAGCAUAACUUCUUCAGAACCAGCGAUUCCCUAUAAGGAAACUUUCCUUUCAACUUCGGACAUGAACCCGCCAAAAGAUGCAGAAAUUGGCAGAGGGUUUGUCCAAUCCUAUUUGGACGAUUACGCUUUGAAAGUGAGGGCAGUUCCACUGCCUGAAAAGAUUACAAAUUUUCUGCUAGAGCAAGAAGCCAGUAUCAAGGCUAUCGUCGAACGGAAAGAAGAGUCCGCAAGAGUUUCUAAGUUCAGAGAGUCGUUGGACGAGCUGCUUUCAGAGGCCUCAAUGAAGGAUAAAAUUUGGGAUCAUUGCAGUUUGGACAUCUCGGCUUUCGGUGACAAAAGAAUGGGGCCUAAUAUCCUCAUUUCGAAAGUUUCGGAUAAAAGUGAGAACUCUAAGAAUUGUUACAUUGGCAACCUGGAAUACGGAAGUUCUAUUAUAAACGGAUUUGAGCUUGCAGUAAAUCAAGGUCCGCUUUGUCACGAGCCGGUUCAAGGUAUGUGCGUUUUCGUCGAGGAUAUUCACAAGAUGUCCAGUCAAGAAAUCGAAGAGUUAGAGCUUCAUAACCAUCAAGUUGAAUUGCCCAAUCUUGCCGGGCGGUUGAUAACAACAACUAGGGAUGCUAUUCAUGCUGGAUUUCUGGAUUGGUCGCCUCGUAUCAUGUGGGCUAUGUAUCGAUGCGAUAUUCAGGCUUCCGUCGAGGUAUUGGGCAAAGUAUACGCCGUCGUACAACAGAGGCGAGGUCGUAUUACUUCCGAAGAAAUGAAAGAAGGCAUCCCACUGUUCCAGAUUGAGGCCCAAAUUCCAGUAGCUGAAGCCUUUGGCUUCAGUGAGGACAUUCGCAAGAAAACAUCCGGGGCAGCGCAACCGCAGCUUAUUUUUGCCGGUUUCGAGUGUAUUGACCUUGAUCCCUUCUGGGUUCCCACCACCGAGGUAGAGCUCGAAGAGCUCGGUGAUACCGCCGACAAAGAGAAUAUCGCUAGAAGGCAUAUGAACAUGAUCCGGAAACGAAAGGGACUUUCUGUGAAUGAAAAAAUUGUGGAAAAUGCUGAAAAGCAGAGGACUUUGAAACGUAAUUAG